GAGUGAAUGGAGAGAACAGCUGCCCGCGGGGGGAGUGGAGAACUGUUUCUCGCUUGGGGAGGUUCUGCACAGGGCAGCCCUGUUCCCAUUUCCGGCAGAGCUGUGUUUGAAUUGCAGAGAAGGCAAGCCAUGGAGCCUCCUGGGAGGAAAGAAAAACCCAAGGCGAAAGAGCCUGUGAGCCGUGUAGAGAAAGCCAGGCAGAAAUCAGCCCAGCAGGAAUUGAAGCAAAGACAAAGGGCAGAGAUUUAUGCUCUCAACAGAGUAAUGACAGAGCUGGAACAACAACAGUUUGAUGAGUUCUGUAAGCAGAUGCAGCCUCCGAGAGAGUGAGAUAGCCCCAGCGUGGAAACCAGGAAAAUCAUUUUGGCAGCUGUGUGGAUGUCUGGAAUGGAGAAACUAGAGAUCAGGAGACCUGAUACAAUACUCUAGGAUGAAAAAAGAAGUUUUGAACUAAUAAGGCAACGGAUGCGUGAGUGGAAAGGAGAGGAAGUAUUCAAUCCAAAAAGAUACUGAAAAACAAGUUAUGACAUAUAUCUUAAAUGAUCCAACCUUCAGUUACCUCAAAACGGUGCCAACUGAAGCACAAAUAUCUUCUGUGUAUAUUUCCUCUAGUCCAAAGUUGUUGUUUUUUUAAUUUUUGAGUACCAGUUCUACUUCCUCAUGUAAUACAUCAGGAACUGUGAUGUUGAAUACAAAUAUGGCAACUCCACUGUUGCCCUUACAAUUUCAUCCUUAAAUGAUCUUGGGAUAAUCUGGUUUAAAAUAAA